AUGGGCAGCGGCAGCAGCCGGCGGCGGGGGCCCGCGGGCAGAGCGGGGCAGAGCCGGGACCCGCCGGGGACCGCGCCGGCCGACGCCGAGGGGGCGGCGGCACCACCCGGCCCCGGCUACCGAGCCCCGGCCGCCGGCGGCAGCGCCGAGCCCCGGAGCGGCGCGGAGGCGGCGGGAGGCGGCGGCGGGGCCCCGCUCCAGCAGGCGGUCCAUGUCCUUCCUGUGCUGAGAACAUCAGACCUGGAUUCAGUGCUGCAGGCUUUGUCAACCAGAAGCCCACCAAGCCCAGAGAACAACAACCUUGAUCACCAGUGCCCAGAAGGCAGCAAGAAGCCGCUGGGGCAGCCCACGAUCCUGUACGAUUACUCGGAGGAGGAGCUGAUGGCCAGCAUCGAGCGGGAGUACUGCCGCUGA